AUGCGGACCGUGUUCACCUGCACUGAGUACCGCCACCCUAUUGGCAUCGACUCCAAGGAGCUGCAACAUAAGGGCCCCUAUUGGCACGCAGACUGCUUUCGCUGCUACAAGUGCUACAAGUCGCUAGCCAAGGAGGCUUUCAGUGCUAAGGAGGACGGCACCAUAUGUGGGAAGUGUAGCUCCCGAGAGGAUGCCCCUCGUUGUCACACCUGCUACAAAUCCAUUCUAGCCGGCUCUGAGAAUGUGGAGUAUAAAGGCGAGGCACGAGGACUGCGGCACGAGGACUGCUUCACCUGUUUCCACUGUAAAAAAAACAUCGCUCUCAAAAGCUUCCUGACCAAAGGUACGGACAUCUACUGUAACCUUUGCCAUGAGAAGAAGUUUGCCAGGAUCUGUGUCAGCUUUAAUCAGGCCCUCACCACAGGGGGAGUGAACUACCAAGAGCAGCCAUGGCACUCGGAGUGUUUUGUCUGCAGCUCCUGUCAAAAGCCACUGGCUGGGACCCGCUUUACCUCCCAUGAGGAGAAGGCUUUCUGUGUGGACUGCUACAAGACUACUGUAGCCAAGAAAGGCAGCGGCUGCCAGAACCCCAUUACUGGUUUCGGCAAAGCCACCAAUGUGGUGAAUUACGAGGGCAGCUCCUGGCAUGAGUACUGCUUCAACUGCAAGAAGUGUUCCCUGAGCGUGGCUAACAAGUGCAUUGUGGCCAAUCCAAGGGAUAACUUCUGCUCAGAAUGUGCCAAGAAGCUCUGA